CAACGUCUCGGAGGUCGGUAGCAUUUUGACGCGACAAUUCGCAGCAAGUGCAUCGUUCCCUUCGGCUCUCCGGUGGUUUUAACGAAUCUUCGGGUUUUUGGCCAGAAUACAUAGUAGAGAAUUUCGAAUAGUCGAGUGGCUUUCCGUAUUUGUUGGCGUGGACAAAAAACUUUUUAUCAUCUCGAGCGAUAUCGUAGGACGCGCAGUGCGAAAAGGAUCCGGGAAGUCGGGCGCGUCUUCGAAAUUGUUUUGUUUUUUCCUGUCGACUCGCAUAGGCAGGCGGGAAGUCGCAGUGUGUGAAAAUUUUUGAUAUUCUGUGUAAAUUAUGUCGUCGACGGCGAAAUUCAUGUCGGACGAUCUUGGUGGUGCAGAGUCCUGGGUGGAAGUGAUUCCUGCGCCAGCUGACAGGGUCACACCAUUACCGUUUGGCAGCGGUGGCGAAGAAUAUCUGCGUCUUCUUAGGGAAGCCCAGAGAGAUUCAACGCACUCAUCAGCGAGACAUUCCCUCGCCUCUUCGCGCCGGGACACGCCUAAGGGCAGCCCGAAAAGCCCACCGAACAGUCCCAACACUGAAUUAUCCACCGAAGAUGAUCUCCGAGGGGUUUACAUAAAUUACAGUUGCACAAAGGACGCCGAUCUCCUGGAAAAAAGCACGGAAUGGAUGUACGACGAAUGGAGCUCUCGUCCCGAUCAAGCCCCACCGAAGGGCUGGAAAUUUCGACAUCCGCUUGGCAUGACGAAGAAGAAAAAUUACAGCAUUCGUACCGCCAAGAUGGGCAAAAUUGGACUUUUCUCGAAAGAAAUUAUUUACGCAAUGUUCCUAUCAAACAUCGUGUCUCUUCUCAUCGGCACUGGCUUGGGAAUCUGGUUGAAUAGGAGAGGACUGAUGAUGCCACGUAUCACGAUUGAGUGAACGCAUCAACGAGGAGAUAAACAACAACAA